AUGGCCGUUAUCGAAUUCUUCGAGCGUCGCAUAUACCACCAGGAGCCGCCCGACUACCAGUCGCGGAUCGAGACGAACCCGACGCUGAUCGUGUCGUGGUGGUGCACAUUAUUUUCUCUCACGGCCAUCCUGAUCCGGGUUCUGGGACGAUGGGUGCGCACCGAAAGACUGUUUCGGGAAGACUGGAUCAUGUUCUACAGCAUCGUCCCCCUCAUGAUUCGCAUGGGACUGGUCCAUGUCAUUCUAAUCUGGGGGACCAACAAUACAACAACGGAGGGACUGACGCCGUUGCAAAUACACCACCGUGAGAUCGGAAGCAGAUUGGUGCUGGCCGCUCGAAUAUUCUAUGCCGCCUUUAUUUGGGUGGCUAAACUCACCGUGCUGGAGUUCCUCAAACGCCUCAUUGGAAAGUCGUGGGCCAAGUCGUACGAAGUCGGACUCCGAUUCAUCUAUGGGUUCCUGGUCGCUACUUUCAUUGCCGUCGUUGUCGGUACACUCUCCGAAUGCCAACCUUUCCCGCACUAUUGGCAGGUCGUCCCAGACCCGGGACCCCAUUGUCGAGAAGGCCUGGUGCAACUGAUCGUCAUGGGAGUGUGCGAUAUUAUCUCUGAUGUGGUCCUGAUUGUGUUCCCCAUUCCAUUGGUCUUGCAGUCGUCCAUGCGCGUCCGCAAAAAGAUAUCACUCGUCCUCCUCUUCCUUUUGUCAACCAUUCUCAUCGCCAUCACCGCCUAUCGAAUUCCUUCUACCAUCUCACGACGCUCCUCCCAGCAGUACCGGUCGCUAUUGGCGUCGCUGGAAAUCCUGGCCGCCGCAGGAGUAUCAAAUGCCAUCGUCAUCGGGAGCUUCAUCCGGGACAGAGGUGUGAAGAAGGCCAAAUUCCGAGCGGCGUCCUUUGACGAUGCAAGUUCUCUCGGUCGACAACCGACAAGAACUCGGACUACGUCUGUGACUCAACAUCAUUGGGGCUCUGAUGAAGAUUUGGCUAGGGGCGUUGGCGUUGCUCUACCGCCCGUCCUGCGGCGCGGCACCUAUAUGGAACAGACUCCUCGUGUGGCCGAAGCGGCCGUGGCGGCUCUCCCACAAAAGUCCCCCGAGGUCAAUAUCGAGCCCGGCGACCAAAUCCGACACACCCCGUUCGCUUCAAGGUGGAAUUUCGCCGAGGCAUCUCGGACUCGCAGAAAGCCCUCCCUGGAUACCCUCAGCAGCACAUCCACAGCUGACAUUCGACUACGCGAUUUGAAACACCACCUCAAGGACCCGCCGGACAUGGAAGCCGGCAAUGAUUACGCAGAACCCGACACACCAAGCAGAAUGGGUUUCUUUGACGUGGGCGGGCUGGUCGACCAGCCGCCCAAUGAGUCACCAAUGUCUCGCUCGCGCCAGGCAUCUAUUCAAGAAGCUUCUCGUCGUCUGUCCCAACCCCAUCCGCAUGGAGUUAAAUCCGGGUCGAAAGCUUUCCUUUCCGACAUCGGGGGGCUCCUAUCCAGACCGUUACGGAUACGUGAAGAGGACGAGCUUCAUUCGACGUCGACGGCGUCACCCAGACAGACGAGCAGUCCCGGUCGUUCGCCCAUGAGAUCAGAGAAAAGGAAGUCCUCCGCGCGGACCCGGCUGCCUUCACAGCCGGAGGAUAUGCUACCGAUUCGACCGGCGAGGCUGAGCGGGCCUGAUGACUUGGAUAUCUCGGAUGCUGGUGGGUUGCUGCGGUGA